AUGAAGUACUUGGCAUCUUUUCUUUUGGCUUCGGGCCUGGCGGCGGCUCAGUCCACCAGCGUCGUGGAUAUUCUUCUCCCUUUUGGCGAGCAGACCCUGCUUGCCUCCGUCAUCUCGGCCGCCCCCACUGCCACCACGUAUUUGCUUGCCUGCCCAUCAGGCGCCGACAGCAACGACUGCGGGGUCCCAUCGGAAGGCGUAGAAAUCUUCUAUGGCCCGUCCACCUUUGGCUACACACUCUCGGAUACUGGGAAAUUGUCAGCGUCGUGCAACGCCCUCAUAAUUUCCGGCAAAACGACGGCGACCCAGCUCGAGCCAUUGACCGGCUAUACCGAGUACAUCUUUCCCAUCACGAUUACGGCCGGCUUCGACAAGCUCUCGGCUGGUGCUGGUGCAGCGCCAACUAACACGCCCGCCUCGACCACAGCUUCGGCGCCUACUACGCGGCCGACUGGGGCGACGAACUCGCAGGGUGGAGGCGGCGCUUCGGAUGGUGCUUCGAGCACCAGCUCCAGCACCGGCGGUAUGCCGCGGGUUACUCAGAACGCGGUUAUCAUGGGUGCUGCUGCGCUGGUUGGUGGUGCUAUGCUCAUCUAG